CUCCUCCACUCCUCCCCUCCCAUUUUUUAUCACCUCCUCUCCAGGCGCCCUGGCGCUCUCGUGUCCCAGGACUCCAGGGGCCUCGCAGGGCUGAACCUUUUUGGACAAGGACAUCAAAAAUUGAACCAUCCUCGAUCUUGAAGGAUCAGUGAGCGGCCUCUGAGAAAUCAAGCAGUUCGUUUAUUGCACAUGGCUCGAGUGUGUCCUGUGUUGCUAGAGGCUCUGACGUGGAUCUUCUUUGACAGGAUUGCGAUGGCGUGCGCCUUCAACAUUAUGCUCAACAGCGCGGCCGCGCCACUAGCAAAGACGCGGAGCCUGGCGUUCAACCUGGUGAAGUCGAGGUUGGCGCCGCGCGAAGUGCGAAAGGUGACAAAGGUGUUCGUGCCUGAGGAGGGUGUCGUUUUCGUCGAGCUCAAAGCAGCGGGGGAUUUCGAUCACAGCGAGUUGCAGCCGCUCGGUGAGAUCGUUCCGUUGACCGAGACGGAGUAUCAGGAGUACGUGCAACGCUACAAUGCUCACAAGAAGCGGAAGCAAGAUCAGGAGGAGGGCGUUGCUUCUAUGUCCGAGACAGUGGCGCUCGGAAAACUCAUGCUUGAAGAAGGUCGGGCAGUGGGCUCGAAGAAACGUCGAGCGAAGACCUUGAAGGCCGUGGCCACGAUGACGGCGACUGCCACGAAGGUGACUGCAUCGGGCCUCACGGUGCGCGGCUUGAAGGACGUUUCGGAGCCGAAGGCUGAGUCCGAAGAGUCCGCCGAGAAGUAGGCCUGUGCAGAGAAAGCGUGCCUCGAAGCGUGUGUGCACGCCAAAGGUUCGCUGCUGGUAGACAGUCCCUGGCGGCCAAAGAGUGACAGAGGCACUAUCCACGCAAUCGUUCAUGGAAUGUCUGCGGGCACCAGCACCGCGUCAAGUUCAUGGAAUGUACUCCACCUGUUGAAACGUGAUCCUACAAAAGAGUCUUCAUGCCAUG